AUGAUGGUAAAUGUUUACGCUCCAUUCCUUUUGACACAUUUACUUUUACCUUUACUUCAAAAGUCUCAAUCAGCGAGGGUUGUAACUGUUUCUUCUGACUCUCACAAAAUGGGAGGAGUUCUAAUUUAUGAUGAUUUUGACCUUAAAAAUAACUACUCUCUUACUAGAUCAUAUGGAUUGUCAAAAUUAUAUGUGAUAUGGAUCAUGAGACAUUUCAUCAAAUUUACUGAAAGCAAAGGCAUUAAGAACAUUACUUUUAAUUGUGUACAUCCAGGAUCAACCAUGUCAAAUCUAGGAAGAGAAUCCACAAAAUAUUGGUUGUUCAAGAUUGUUGCUUUUCUUUGGAUUCCAAUGAUGAAUUCGAUGGAAGAUGCAGCUAGGCCAAGUAUAACCUGUGCAACAUAUAAAGAACUUGAAGGUGUUACAGGAAAAUACUUUGGUCCAAAAGGAGAAGAGAAACCAUCUGAAAAAUACUAUACAGAAGAAGGUGAACAGAAAAUAUGGGACUAUUGCACUAGAAUUACAACUGAAUUUUUACAAAAUUAUUAA